AUGGAUAAUGGAACUAAGGAGUGGUGGAUGGCUGCCAAAUGGAGUGAAGAAUAUGAACGAGGAGUAAACGAAUAUAUUAAAAGGGCCUUUUCUGCCAAGUCUGAAGGAAACCAAAUUUGUUGUCCAUGUGGUAGUUGUCAUUAUCGUUAUUGGUGUUAUGAAAAAGUUGUGAGAGAUCACCUAGUUUGCAAUGGUUUUGUGCCAAGAGCGGACAAGUUGUCAGAAUUAGGGAUCCACUUUGAAAGAGAAAUACCUACUUGCAAUGCUGAUGAACAGUCGAACCAAGAUGAUUUGGAUGAUGAUCUAGUAGGGUUGUUACAUGAUGCACGUGAUGCUUUUAGAGAGGGGCCGAAUGAUGAGGCAAAAAAGUUUUUCCAGUUACUUGAAGGAGGUCAGGAGGAAUUGUAUCCCGGGUGCAAGACGCAUUCCAAACUUUCCUUUAUGAUCAGACUAUUUAUCGUAAAGUGUGAUCAUAAGUUGACCAAUGGUGCGUAUGCUGAUAUUGCAGACCUUGUAAGGGAGGCGUUUCCUGAUACAAAAUUGCACAAGUCUUUUAAUGAAGCGAAGAGUGCUUUAAAGGUGUUGGGGUUAAAUUAUACUAAGAUAGAUGCAUGCCCCAAUGAUUGCAUGCUGUACUGGGAAGAGCAUGCAAAUGCCACAAGUUGCCAUGUUUGUGAUACGCCAAGAUGGAAGUCGAAUGAUGCAGAGAACGACACGCCACUUAAAAAUGGAAAAGUCCAUAGGAUUCCCAAAAAGAUCCAUAGGUACUUUCCAAUAAAAAGAAGGUUGCAAAGGCUAUUUAUGUGCCAAGAGACUGCAAGCAACAUGACAUGGCAUACUAGUGGGCGAGAAAAUGAUCAUCUUUUACAUCAUCCAGUAGACGGAAAAUCUUGGAAGGAGUUUGAUUCUUUGUAUCCAAAGUUUGUCGAGGAUCCGCGCAAUGUGAGGUUGGGGCUAGCUACUGAUGGGUUUAGCCCAUUCAAUUCAAUGAGCAUUGCACAUAGUACAUGGCCAGUUAUAUUGAUCAAUUAUAACUUGCCUCCAUGGAUGAUUAUGAAGCCAGAGUUUUUGAUGUUAGCUUUACUUAUCCCUGGCCCUUCUUCCCCCGGUAAUGAUAUUGACAUUUAUUAG